AGCAGGUGCCGGAAGAGGUUGUGUUUGCCGAUCCGCAGAAUGACCGACGAAAUAGUGAACCCCAACGAGAAUCUGAUCAUUCCCGAUUGGAUCAAUGAGAAGUACUUCGAAAGUGUCCUGGCCAAGGACGAGCCGGAUCAUGCAAAAGUAUUACAAUUCAACGUAGUGGCUGCCAUUCCACCUGGCGAAAAUUUCACAUCGACUAUGUUGAGGGCCUACAUCAAAAUGGAAAUGAAAGAUAAAAGCGUCAAAACAAAGACAUACAUCUUCAAAACGAUGCUUCCCCAGGAACGAGGUGGUAACGACAUCGCCGAAUUCGGACUCUUUCCCAAGGAGGCCACGAUGUACGAAACCUACAUUCCUGCCUUUGAAGCUCUCUACAAGGAUGUCGGGUGGGACAUCCAACUGGCGCCCAAGUGCCUGCUAACUGAGGAGCGAGAGGGAGAUAUCCACUUCAUAUUCGAGGAUCUCUGCGUGAAGCGCUUCAAGAACAUGGAUCGCACCAAAGGACUGGACAUGGAGCACAUGACGAGGUGUCUGCACAAGUUGGCCGAGUACCAUGCGGCCAGUGCGGUUUACGAGGAGCUCCAUGGUCCCUAUCCCAGCGAUUUCAAAGAGGGAUUCGUUAGGCGCGAUGUGAAAAAGUUCCACAUAGAUGGGUUCAAACUGAAGGAGAAGGCCUACAAGAAGGCCAUUCUUUCGUGGGGCAUUAAGGACGCAGAGAAAUACGUUGAGGCUUUUCCCACUGCCGAUCAAUAUUGGGCUCAAUGCCUAAGCGCUUUGGAGCUGGAUCCUUCAGAGUUCCAUGUACUCAACCACGGCGACUUUUGGUCCAGCAACCUGAUGAGCAGCUACUUGCCUGACGGCAGUCUCGACCAGCUCAUCCUGAUCGACUUCCAGUUAACCACGUGGGGCAGUCCGGCCAUCGACCUGCUCUUCUUCCUCGUACUCUCCCCCACUAAGGAAUCGCGAAUCAAGGAGUUCGAGAACUUCAUAAGGAUUUACUGGGAGCGCCUGGUUGAAUGCCUGAAGGCCUUGAAAUUUAAGAAACCCUUGCCGAAACUGCGCGAUCUUCAAAACUCUAUCAACAAGAAGCACCAUUCGUUUUACGCUUUCUUUGCAAUUCUGAAUCACCUGCCGAUAAUUUUGUUUCCCACCGACAAAGACAGCAAUCUGCACAACAUGACCGCCGAGACAGAGGAAGGCGAGAACCUCAGACUCCGUUUACUUUCUAAUCCUGCUUUUGUGGAAGUCAUGAGGGAACUAUACCCCUUCUUGUAUAACCGCGGAAUUUUGAACUUUGAGGACUAUGAUGUCUGAUAUUAUUAACUGAUAAUAAAACGUAGUUAAAUAUUA